CCAAUUCGACGCAUGCGCUUUUGCAGUCAUACUGAGGCAUCACGAAAUGGCGUCGACCGCUGAUUAUAGUACCUACAACCAGGGAUCUGCCCAGCAGGGGUAUGGAUCUUAUGGCGGACAAGCCUCGCAGGCCUAUGGACAAAGUACCCAGUCAUAUGGCCAGCAGGGGUACAGCUCUUAUGGGCAGCCAGCUGAAUCUGCUUACACACAGAGCGCACCUUCUACUGGGGGCUACGCCCAACCUACUUAUGGCUCAUCCUAUGGGCACCCCCCUUCUGAAGGGACGACUGCAGCUGGAUACACCUCUACCCCCGCUGCCAGUGCCCAGGGCUACAGCCAGCCCAGCCAAGGCUAUGGGGCCAACAGCUACGACAGUGCCCCCCCCACCACCCCCACCUCCCAGACAUCCUAUGGGGCACAGCAGGGCUAUGGGGCCCAGUCUGCCUACGCGGGUUACGGCCAGCAGGCCACCUCUGCUGCUCCCCCAAGAGCGCAGGAAGUGAGCAAGGCCCCGGAGCUUCCACAGGCCCUGGCUAACCCCUCCGCCUACAGCCAGGGCUACGGGCACAGUAAUUACGCAUACUCCCAGGCGCCCGGCUCCUACCCUCUGCAGUCAGGCCCUCCCCAGCCUUCCUACCCCAGCUCCAGCUAUGGAGGAGGCAGCGCUGGCGGCGGCCAGCCCACCAGCUACGAGCAGAACUCCUACUCCCAGCCCAGCAGCUACGGCCAGCAAAGCCAGCAGCAGGGAGGCUACCAGGGCCAGCCGGGCGGAUACAGCCAGCAGAGCAGCUAUAGCCACCAGGGCGGCUACCAGCAGCCGCAGCAGCAGCCGCAGCCUCCCCAGCAGGCUCAGCCGCCCACGGCCUCCAGCUACCCCCCACCAUCCAGCUCCUACGGACAGCCGCCCCCGGCCAGCCCAUACGGACAGCAGGGCGGCAGCUAUGGGCAGCAGAGCUCUUACAACCCGCCCAGUCAGUACGGUAACUACAGGCAGGAGCGCCCCAGUCCCAUGGGCAGCAGCUACCCCGGGGGCGAGCCGGGUGGCUUCCCAGGGCCGGGCGAGAGCCGGGGCCGUGGGCGUGGGGCCUUCGACAGAGGCGGCAUGGUGCCCGGCGGUGGAGUUCGCGGGGGGAUGAGCCGCGGGGGCAUGGGCAUCGCUGGAGACAGAUGUGGCUUCAUUAAGCCUGGUGCAGGCCCAAUGGACAUGAGGCCGGAGCGCGACAUGGGGCGCCCUGACGAGCAGGAUGACUCUGAGAACAGUACGAUUUAUAUCACUGGCCUCACAGAAAACGCAACUAUCGAUGACCUGGCUGAAUUCUUCAAACACUGCGGAGUCAUCAGGAUGAACAAGCGCUUGGGUCAGCCUGCCAUCAACAUCUACACAGACAAGGACACAGGGAAGCCCAAGGGAGAUGCCACCCUGUCAUAUGAGGAGCCACCCAGCGCCAAGGCUGCAGUCGAAUGGUUUGACGGUAAGGAUUUCCAGGGUAAGAAGCUGAAGGUGUCCAUGGCCCGCCGGAAGCCCAUGAUGUCCCCCAUGCGUGGCGGGAUGCCCAUGCGGGACGGCCGGGGGAUGAUGGGCCGCGGAGGUAUGAUGGGCCGCGGAGGCAGUGACCAGGGAGGCUUCAUGCCUCGUGGAGGACCCCGCGGAGUUGGCCAAGGCCGGCCCUCUGGCGCCAACAUGCAGCCAAGGGCCGGAGACUGGCAGUGCCCCAAUCCGAGCUGUGGGAACCAGAACUUUGCCUGGAGGACAGAGUGUAACCAGUGCAAGGCCCCAAAACCAGAGGGCUUCGGCCCCCCUCCAUUUGGUCCCUCAGGUGGUGACAGGGGUCGGGGGGGUCCAGGAAUGCGUGGCGGCCGAGGCCUGGACCGUGGUGGUCUUGGCAGCCCAGGGGGCUUCCGUGGCGGCCGUGGGGGAGAGCGCGGCGGCGGAUUCCGGGGCGGUCGCGGCAUGGACAGGGGGGGCUUCCGAGGGCCUCCUAUGGACCAGAUGGGAGGCAGAGGAGGCAGGAGAGGAGUGGGACCCCCCGGCAAGAUGAUCGACAUGAAGGCGGAACACCGUCAGGAGCGGCGUGACAGACCUUACUAGGGUACCGUGUGUACAGAAAUUCCCAUUUAGUAAAGGGUUUAUUUUUUAAAACUAUAUAACUGUACUUCCAUAUUUAUAUUAAACAAACAAAAAUAACAAAAAAGCUUAUGGGAAUUGUCAGUGCAUACUUUUCAUUACUCUGCUGUUAAGCAAAAUAAUUUUCAUUUAUUUGAUAAUGUAUUGAUUUUUUAUUUCCAUACGGCUGACUCGGAAGGCAUGUUUGGUCUUUAUGUACUUUGGAAGGUGCAUUGUUCAAUCCUGUGACGGUUAAUCUGUUUUUAAACUGUAUUACUUUACAUUAAACCACUUGGUUCCUUUAUGGCAAAUAAUAAAAGCUUCAACAGGCCAGUUACUUUGGGGGGAAAAAGAUCCAAAUCUGUCGGUGUCAUGUACCUCCAAGCAGUGUCUUAGUGCAACAACUACAUCUUAAUACUGCUGGACAGCUUUGUGAAUGUGUUUAUUUUAAAAUGACGUGUCCCGAAGCUCUCAAACGUUUUGUGUCAAACUGUCAUCCUGCAGUAAAAAUGUUGUGUUCUGGUCCCGAUGUAGCGCCUUUCACUCCCCCAGUCAAAUGUGAGAUGUCUGCUUUGACCAUCACACUUAACUGCAGGAGAUGAAUGAUUUUGUAGUUGACUGCUCCAGACUAUGAAUGUGGAAAGUAAAUUUGUCAGUAAUUUUAAUGUAUUAACAUUUUAUUUAGUGUGCGGAUUAUUGCAUUUGUAGUACCGAAUAAAAUGUAAUGGUCACUUGCGCCGUU